AUGAAGAAGAGGAGGUACUUCACGACUGAACCCCCCCCAGACGCUUUAAAUUAUCUGAACACCAAAGACACGUCGAACACAAAUGGCGACGACUAUGUGGACCCAAACGAGCAAGACAUAUUCGCUUCGUACCUUCCAAGGAAUAAUCAGAACAUUUAUUUUCCAAAAAGUUUGCGUGAACACAUGAUUAUCGAGUACACGGCUAUGUUUGCAAAUUCGGACGGCGACAUCGCGGAGUUCUACCUCAAGCUAAACAAUGAUGUACUGAUAAACUUCCCUUUUUUGCAUGUAGACCAUCCGCUGCAUAGGUACUACGAACUCGUUAAGGAAAAUACAAACAGGAGGCUAAUUGACGACUACCCAAAUUCCAUUCCCAUGGCUUUACGUGAUCUGUUUGCACAUAUGCGCCAUGUUGAAAAAGAUAAAGUCACUAGCAAUGAGGUCAAAGACAACAUGCUAAGGGAAAAACAAAAAAUUAGUAUGAAGGAUGCAAAUGAUAACAAGGUUAAACUUGCCGAAAGGGAAAAACGAAAAAAAAAACAAACAGAGGAUCAGUCCUACUCUUCACUUUUUAUGAAGUACAUGGAAUCGGAUGAAGAGACGGAAGCAAAAAACAUCGAGCAGGAAAAACCGAUUGGGAAUGAAGACCUACUCGAAAUGGACAAUCUGAUUAACCAAAUUCUUCACUCCAAGAAGGAACUCCCCAUCUACUUCGCCCGACUUCUCAUGCGCUGUAUACAAAAACUAAAGUACCUACAAUACGGUUCCAAAGAAUAUGCAUACUUCUCGGAAAGAAUAAUUCCUGGCGACUGCUCCACCAAGGGCUCAUUCCCAACAGUUACAUCUGCAGAUUUUCUAAGUCUUGUAUUCCUCAUGGAUGAGAUGAAUCUGGCCCAUGAGAAAGCUACUGAGGGCAAUACCAAGGAGGAACCUGUGACUGAGGCAAAAGACACCAAGACCAUACAGGACUGUAGAAGAAAUCGCGCUAAAAUGAUACUCCAAGAACUUAAAAAGGAUUAG